AUGGAAGAAAUCCAGGUCGUACGCGACGGGCAAGAUGAGCUUGCCUGGCAGUCGGAUGACGACGAAAACGAGACCGAUACUGAGGGUCUGUUGUGGAACGACGAAGAAGACCAUGCCGCAAGAGCGGAAGACGACGAUGAUGAUGAUAAUAAUGACUAUAAUGCUCGUUCGAAGAAACGCAAGUCACGAGACGACGAUGAGGAAGAAGAAGGAUUGGGUAUUCUCAUGGUGAUUACGGCGGAAGAACGUCAGUGGGCGGAGACCCUGCAGGAAGCCCUCGAGCAAAGAGAGGAUUGCGGUCACAUUACAAUUUCCAACAUGGAACUGGUGCAACAUGCCAUCGUGGAAGAAGGGAAUAUCGAAAAAGCCAUUGAACGCAUCAAACGAAUGCACGAAUUUCGACUAAAAUAUCAGAUUGAAGACACGGUAGAACAAGGCGAGCAAUGCAUUCGAGACUUUAUGGAACAGCAACCCGGAUUUUCUCUCAAUCUGGAUCAAUGCGUCCGACACAACCACUUUGUCCAUGUCAUUGACUUUGCCAAAUUCAAUCCACGAAAAGUAUAUUUGCCGAAAGAUUGGAAGGUGUUUCUAUCUGGCAUACAUUACUACUUGUCCGCGCUCAACCCAACAUUAUCGGCCGUCCGGAACGGUGUCUUGGGGAUUAUGGAAUGUGAGGGUAUGGGGUGGCACAACUUUUGUUUGGACUUUGAACGGAGGUUAUGGUACGAACAUGCGGGGGCGUAUCCAGCCAAAUUUCAUGAGAUUUCCUGGGUUAGAUCUCCGUUGGUGGCCAAUGUAUUCUUCUCGCUGCUCAAGCCAAUCAUGAACGAUGCCGUCAGAAAGGUCGUCCAUUUGGGUGUUUUGACGAAUGCAUACGAGGGUCGCUCGAUCAGACUCUUUCUGAACCGACUGCAGAGAUUGCCAACGAGAGAAAAGUCAUGA